CAUGCUGAAUAAUGACUUGUAUAUACUUCAUUUUAAUGAUGUUUACGAUAUUCAAGAAUAAGUCAAAGAUCCUGUUGGAGGUGCUUCUAGAUUUUUGUAUGUCCUCAAUUAAUUGUAAAAAAAUUUCAACACGCUUACUCUUUUUAGUGGUGACAUCUUUGCACCAUCUGCUUUAUCAAAUAUAUAUAGGGGUACUAUAUUAUAAGUUCUAUUUUUUCAGGUGAUCAAAUGUUGUUUCCAAUUUAAUAAUUUAAAAUUGAUGUUGCAUGUCCAGGAAAUCAUGAUUUUGAUUAUACAUUAGAUCAUGUUGAAUCAUUAUUUUAAAGAUCAAAUAUACCAUGGGUUUUAUCAAAUGUCUUUAAUGCAGAAACCAAUUAAAACUUUGCCCAUACAUUACCCUAUUUUACAAAAUAAUGUACUAUUGGAAUUCAACCUAUAAAAAUUGGAUUUGUAGGAUUGGCAGAAGAAGAAUGGCUUGGUUAAAUAGUAGAAAUCCCUUAGAAUUUAAUUGCCUAUGAAGAUUAUUUACAUUGUGCAGAGAGAACUGUUAAAUAUUUAAGAGAAGAAGAAAAAUGUGUAUUGAUAAUAGGGUUAACUCAUAUGAGAGUUCCUAAUGAUCAUAAUUUGAUUCAUCAUCUUGUUGAAUAGAAAAUUGAUUUAGUUCUUGGAGGACAUGAUCAUAUGAUUUAUUGUGAAAAGAUUAAAUAAAGUCUAUUUAUGAAGAGUGGAACUAAUUUUAAGAAUUUAGGUAUCAUUAGAAUUAGUUUAAAUGAAAUUGUAAACAAAGAUUUAAUCAAUAAUUUUAUUUAUGAUAAUUUAACUAAUGAAAAAUAAAUCCUUGAAUUAUAAAGAGAUUUAACAUUAAAUUCAGAUCUUCAUAUUUAAGUUUCCAUUAUAAAUAUUAUUAAUUCAAUACCAUAAAAUUAAGAUAUGAAAUAAUAUGUAGAUAUGAAAAUUGAAGAAUAUAAUAAUUGUAUGAAUAUUAAAUUAAUUAUUAAAUAGAGAAAUCAAAAGUUGUAUGCUAUGCUAAUUGUGAUUUAGAAUGUACUUUUCAUGAAGUUAGAAACAAAGAAACUAAUUUAGCUAAUCUCUAUGCAGAUAUCUUAAGAUAUGAAUUAGAUGCUGAAAUCUCUUUCUUUAAUAGUGGUACUCUUAGAGCUGACGAUGUUGUACAUAAAGGAAUUAUUACUUAUAAAGAAUUAGAUAAGAUAUUCCCUAUGCCAGAUUAAAUAGUCAAAAUUAAUAUUAAGGGAUCAGAUUUACUCAAAAUAUUGGAGAAUGGGUAAAUAAUAUAAAACUAUAUUAUAGAGUUGGAAAGUGGCCAAAUUUUGAUGGAAGAUUUUUAGGAGUUUCUGGUAUUUAAUUCGUAUUCGAUCCAACUAAACCUUAAGGAUCUAGAAUUGUUAAUGUGAAAAUAAAUGGAAAUGAUCUAGAAAUGGAUAGAGUAUAUAAGGCUGCCAGUUAAUGUUAUAUUACAAUGGGUUUUGAUGGAUUCAUUAAAAUAUAAGAUGAUCAAUAUAUUAUUGAUAAAAAUGCAGAAAUCUAAAUUUUAUAAACAGUUUUAAGAGUCUUAGAUAUCUGUAGAUUUCAUGAAGAAUUACAAUUAUUAGAUAUAUAUGAAAAUGAAAUUAAGACACUUGAAUAAUUAGAUUUAAAAAAUCAUUAGAUUAAUCAUUAUAAUAAAAUUAUUAAAGGAUUAACAAAAAUAGGUGGUGAAGUUUGUCCAGUAAUAGAUCCUUAAAUUGAGGGUAGGAUUAUUAAAAUAUGA